CAGUAGCGAAUCAAGUUUGCGACCUUGUUUGCCUGAAAUCUGACAGAUCGGGGAAGAAAAGCGUUCAAGAAAAUUUGUUAAUAUCUGCAUAAUUAUUGCGAAAAAGGACAAAGUUUUACUAUAGAACGAUUGUAGGACAUUGCAGAAUCUACAUAACAGAAAGAUGUUGAGCUGGGCCAGUUAUCUGUUCGGUUCAUCCACCACUGAGCCACAACAACAUGAACAGCCAUCUGAACCAGCCAAGCCGGUUGCCAUGGAGACAGAAGCUUCCAGUGACAAAGAUUGGGUCGUAGUCGAGCAUAAAGGAAACGGCCAAGCUCCGGAAGUCGGAAUCUCUGACCUAGAAAAUCUGUUGAUUGAACAUCCAAGCAUGUCUGUGUAUAAACGAUCUGGCAGUGCAGGAGAGGAAAGCAACGCUUCAGACGAGUCUUCUAAUGAACUUGUCACAAAAUCAAAAAGAUCUCAAGCCAUGAACCGACCUUCACCAAAACGCAUGCGUGCAGUGUCGGCUCGGGCUGAGCUUUUAGCUCAAGUCUCUCAGGUAAAGCAUGCUCAAAAGGUGCAGCAGAAACUCUCAACGAAACGCAAUAACAAGAGAAAUCUUGACCGAAGCAACAAAGUUGCCAGUUGUGAUAAGCACGUGACCCGCAAAAACCGAGUCAAGAACCCAUCAGGCCAGAUGAACGGACGUAUUCCACAGAGGAAGCAGUAAUAAACGUGUACAUUUAUAUGCUAGGUUAUCAAAUUUCUGCCACAUAAUACACAAAGAUUGAUAUUGUUUUCAAAUAGCAUAGACUUUUAAUAUUCAAAAAGAUUUAAGGAGUAUUUUUUCCCUCUUUAAGUAUUGACUUUUAAGAUUUGUUGUAAUUCUUUUUAUCUUAAUUGUUAAUGAUCUUACAUGUUCGUCACAUAAUUUUCUGAAUUCAAAGAAAAUUUACAAAAAAAAUGUAUAAAAUUUAAAACUGUAAAAAAAAAUCAAAACAAAAAAGACUGUUUCUGUUUACAACAGUCUUACAAAAAAAGUAACCAUAGAUCUGUUGAUAGUUUUUUUCUUCUGAUAUUUAUUCUUUAUCAUUAUUGCUGAAUUAUUCACAUGUUGUUACUUCCACAGGAAACAUUUUUUUCCCUUGUAAAUUUCUGAAUAAAUUCACUUACUUCUGAUACUUCAUGUAUUAAAAUUUUUGUUGGUUAACUAUGACCAUCUAUUGAUUAUCCAAUUGUAUCCUAAUGAACGCUCCACUACCUUUGGUUUACUGAAAAGUUACACAGGGACUUUAAAAUUUAAGAGUUGAUUUGAAUGACAUUGUAAUCAUUGGCAAAUUGGGUCAAGGUCAUAAUUUUAACAUUUGUCAAAGUGACACUAGGAAUUGCCAUCAGUGUUUAAGUGAUAAAAUUUAAUAUAUUCUUCUUAAAUCAUAGCAUCUAUAUAUUAGGGAGUUAAAAAUCAAACAGCUUAAAUGAGAUAGUAAGCUUUGGGAAAUUGGGUCAAGGUCAUUGAAGCUCUACUUAGUUUAAAGGUCAUAAUUUUAACAUUUGUCAAAGAGACACUUGGAUCCAAUCAGUGUUUAACUGAUACUCUUUUUAAUCAAUUAGCAUCUAUAGACAGAUACAUGUGUUAUCAGCUAUUAGAUAAUUAACUGUGACAUAGAAAAAUGAAACUGACUGUUAGAUAAAAAAAAUGAAACAGACCAUGACAUAAAAAAUGAAACUGACUAUAAAUCUGUACAUGUAAAUUGUGAGUAUAGCAAUUCCAGACUAACACACUCUUAAAUUAACCAUGGUGCCAUAGUAUAUUUACAUAAUAUAUUGUAAUUUAUAUAUAUAUCAUUUACCAGCAUUUAUUAUAUAAUUUGAUUAAUCCUAGCCAUACUUAUUUCCUCCUGCAGCUUUUCUUUUAAUCAAUUUUUUUUAAGCAAUCAAAUGAUACUUUUUUACAUUUUACAAAUCAAAUAUUACUAUAAGUUACAAUGAUCCAUUCAUUUGAUGUGUUAGGGUGUUUAUAUUUAGUUAUCAUUAUGAGGACAUAGGCUUAUAAUGUGAGGACUUAGACUAAUUAUGAGGACUUAGUAUAAUUUAAGUACAUUUUUGUACUUGUAGGAAAUAAGUAUGGUUUUUAAUGCAAGUAAAAAUGUUGUAUGGUUGCUAAUUAAAUACUCAAUUAUUAGAGAAGAUUAUGAGAUAAUUAUAAAAUAACAUCCAGUAAUUAAUAAUCAUGAUUCAUGAUAUGUCUGUCGAUGUAUGAAUAUGUUACUAUUUUUGUCAAAUACAAAUUUCUGUGGUCAAGAUAUGGAGAACAUUAUUCUUAACUGCCCCGCUUGAUUAAAUUUUUACAAUGAGUAGUUUGAUUUUCUCAGGAAAAAUUGAUUUUAAAUAGAAUUGAAUAAUUCUUUAAUCAAACACAGUCCAACAAAAUAACAUUAUAAUCUUAAGAGAACACUGGAAAACUUUAUUAAAUUGUUGCGUAAAAGUAAGGUAAAUUCUGUGCAUGUUUUAAGUAAGGGAAAUGUUAUUUUUUUAAUUAGCAUAUUUCUCAGGUGAAUAAAUUCUGUACAGAUAUAUUUUGACAUCAUUCAAUUGCCAUUUUAGAUCUCUUUUCCUUUAUUAAGAUCAUAUAAAUACUGCCUUCUGAUUUACUAGUCCAGUAUAUUUUGGAAGAUUAUUAAAUCCAACUGCCUGCCGGAUUUUGUCUGCUUAAAGGUGCUUCAUUCGAAUAUUGAUACCUUAUGUUUUAAUUGACCAACAUCCCUAUCAUGCUUCAUUAUAGAAGCUUAAAUGGACUUAAUUACCCAUCUUUCAAUUUGGACAAAACCAUUGAUCAUUUUAGGGGAAAUUUUCAAAAUCAGUUCUAACUUGAAAGCAAACAGUGCAAACCAUGACCAAACAGCAACAAGGUCCCAGCUGAUCUUGGUAUGCACUUGUCACAUGUGUAAUUUCUAUUGCCAUCAAGAAAAUGAUGAACAAUUAUUAAAUGUUUAUAAGUGACUAAGUUGAAUAAAGUCAGAACACAAUAAUAUAUACAUGUACUCAGCUUAUUUUGACAGGAAAUUAUAUAUAUAUUUUUGCAUUGUUAAAAAGAUUGACACAAUCUCAGGUUUUAGGUGUUGUAUUGUCAAUGCUUCUCUUAAAAGUAAAAAAAAUAUUACUGAGAAUGUAUCAUUAUAUAUAUCAUAUAAAAUUCAUCACCCUAUAUGCUAAUUUGUACUACCACAGGCAUUUGUUAGUUAAAUGAUAUCAUCACCUUACUGCAUUAAUGCAUUAACUCCUGUUAAAAUUUAUAAACAGCUAACCCAUUACUGCACUAAGCUAGCAAAUUUGUUAUUCUGUACAUAAUUAUAUAGAACUUGAGCAUUUUGUAUGCAUGUACAUAGUAACUAAGUACUAUACAUGCAUUUGUUGUCACAUUAAGACUGCCCUGCAUAAUUAGGCUAUGUAGAUUUUGCAUUCAGAUCAUGAAAAUAUUAAAAAAGCGCAAUAAAGAAAUUUUUCAAUGUAUUGUUAAAUAUCACCAUUUGAUUGUUUAUGAAAUGUUCCUAAUGAAUUUGAAACUAAAAUUCUGGUGAAAAUUAAGGGUGAACAUUUGAAGUCAGUUUAUUUGUCUUCAUUAUUUGUUAUUGUCAACGUUUAUUGUUACAGGAAAAACUUCACCUGGCUUUUGAACAUUUUGUUAAGUUUAUAUUCAUAAAGCUUUUAAAGGAAUUUGAAUGUUAAGGUAUAUGCAUAACAAUUGAAGAUCUUCCUGGUAUAUUAACUGGUUAAUUUAAAGCUAAUAGUGGGCAAAGUUUUUGUGCUGGUUUAAGAUUGCAUUAUUGUACAAAUCCUUUGUCUAUCUAUAAAUUGCUUACAUUGAUCAGUUCAUGUAUACCAGUUAAUGAAUAUCAAUCAAUAUUGUACAUUUGCUAAAUUGUAUGGUGUACCAGAAGGGACAUUUUAGACAAUUGAGUUAAACUGCUGGUAAUAAAAUGUGUUAAAGUGACAUUUUGCUCAUUUUUUUCUUUUGAUGUCAAGCUGAAUUGAAUAAGUAAUAUAUUUCAAGAGAUUGACUUUUUUGAUGGUGAUUGACCAAUAAUUGAUUAAUAAAUAUAAUAAACUACCUAAGUUAUAAAAAAAGACUGCCCUACUCUUUCUAAAGAAUUGAACUUUGCUGAAACAUUUCGAAUGAUAUUCAUAGAAAUGUCACAUAUUUAAAUAAUCAUUUACAGAAAUGUCCAUGGUUCAUUUGAAUUAUUGAUUAUUUUGACUUAGUAAAAGAUAAAAUUGAACACAUUUAUGACAAAAUGUUAAGUUAUUUUGACUUUUACCUGUGCACUCACCAUUUACAUUUUGAUGGGCAUUAAGUGUCUCUUCUUAGAUAUGGAAUGUUGGAAGUUAUGUAAUUAUGGGUUAUUACUAUUAUAUAAAUUGAUGGAGACUUGAGAGAGAAGAGUUUAAUUUGGUACCUGAUUAACAAUGCUAGUUAGUUUUAACACAGUGUUUACAAAAGUACUUUGAUAUUUUUUUUUAAAAUAAUGUGGUAUAGCGUUUUGCACAGUGAGUUAUUAACUGUCAUAUCUUAGCCAUUUUCAGUGCAUUACAAAUAGUUUGUAAAUACUGUAAAUAAAUGAUUCCAUGCAAAGUAUGAAAUGUUUAAAAAUUGUAUUUUUUUUCCUAAGUGUAAAAUGUUACUUAUAAAUGAGAGGCUGAACUUGACUAUAUGGACAUACUGUUUACUUGUUAAUGAAGUGUUUAAUUGCCAAUAUUUGGUGCUUUAACAGAAAUUUAUUUAAUCAAACAUAGGCAUAAUCCAUUAUAUAAAAGGUUAUACGAAGUUUCUUGUAUAUAAAUAUUUGAUUCAAGGUACAUGUACUCAUGUAAAAGUAUAGAGAGAGUGAUUUUAUCUUUAUCUCUUGUAAAAUUAUAGGAAAUAUUUACCAAAUAAUUAGUUCUAUAUACAGGAAUGAAAGACCAACUUUAUAAUUGUGUCAAACAGUGUGUAAUAAAAUAUGCUGAAGAUAAAUGCCUAACAAUAAGUAUUAAUGGUUACUAAUUGUUGCAUACUAUUAUACAAGUAUUUAAGUACAUGUACAUUUAUUAUUAUUGGUAGAUUGGUUAACUUGUUUUGUACUGCCAGUUAUAACGGCUUUUAUAUGUUUCUGUGUAUUGGCUUUUUCAAAUUUGAAUUUUGAUAUUGAAAUCCCUAAAUGAACAAUGGGUAGCUCCAAACUUAAAAGCAGGAAGAGUUCAUUGUUUAAAAUCUGCAUAGGGGGAGGGGGGCGUGAGGAUAUACAUAUACAUUUAUAAGCGCUUGAUUUAAUAAAAUAAAGCAUUAAAGAGCGUAGUUAACACCUGCUUUUAAGUGCUUAUGUAAUGAUAUUACAUGUAAUAGUAGUAAUGUUAUACAAUAUCUAUGUUAUUGAAUGAGUGAAUGAGGCAAUAUUGGCAAUAGCUUAUAAUAUAUUAUUAUUAUGUUAAUUGUUGAAAAAAAAACGUUUUUAUAAAAUUGUUAUGCUUAAUGCUUUUUGGCUAAGUCAGAUGCGAGGGUGCAAUAUGAUGAAGAUCUUUGUUAAAAAUGAUUGAAACCAAAGUGAGAAUAAUGUUACCUGUUGUUUAAUUAAGUAAUUAAUGUUAUUUAUGGAAUAUAACGAAGUUAUUUUAAGAAUAGCGUUGAACGGAUAUAGGUUUUUUUAAACUUUAAACUUUAUUUCAAAUGGUCAUAAUUUAAACAAUAAAAAGACAAAAAUUUUGAAAAUUGAUUUGAGUUAAAGGGACUCCACUGAGGUUUAAAAUUCUAAAAACAUAACAUUUGAAUUUCUUACAUAAAUGAGCUGGGGCACUUUAAACAGUACUAUAUGCAAAGAUAGUUAAGAAAUAUACUUUGAAAUAAGUUGAAAAUCGUAUUUUUAUGCUUUUCUUAGCCUAAUUUGAGUAAAAAGCGUUUAAAUGCUUUUCUGUUUGGGUCAGUUUUUUACAAUUAGAAUAAUUAUUCUGGAAAAACUGUGUGCGCGAAUGAUCUGAAAUUUUGCACAAAGAUUCGUGGUCUUAACCUACAUCAAAUGGUACAAUUAUCUGAAAAUUUUUUCAGUCCCAUCAAGUCAAAAAACCUCAGUGGAGUCCCUUUAAUAAGUGAGAAUUUAUAAGGUGGGUAAAGAUAAUCUGGGUGACAUUCUCUUGUUGCUUUUGUUUCUUUUUUUUUUCUCUUCUGAAAUAGUGUCAUUGGAAACGUGUUAAUAUGAUCAUGAUUGUUUUUUAGUAUUUAUUUGAUUGAGGUAGUAAUUAAUUAGGUCUAUGAAAUGUGUAUAUGUGUCCCGUUGUUGUGCAGUGAAAAUAUAACAUGAAAUUUGAUAAUGAAUUAUGUUCUUUGUUUAUUGGCUAACUGUAAUAUAUUACAGAGUGGACUAAUGUUAUAUUGUUAAUAUAUACAGUUUUUUGACGUAAGUUGAUAUAUUAUUAUGAUAAUGGUUAAAGUGUUGUAUUUAGUUUGCAUGUGUACAAUAUUCUUUCUCUUUUUUUGUUAGAAAAUUCACAUUUAAUGCUAUAUAAUCUGUAUAUAUAACAUAAUGUGAAACAAAAAAUAAACAGUCCUAUGCAGAAUCAGUAAA